AUGAAGUGGUUCGCAGUCAACAAUUUUUUCGAAGCACGCCGACCAAUUUAUCGGAUCAUGCAAACUUUCUGUCUAACCUCACUCACGGUCAAUUUUCGAGACUUGACGGCAGAACAGACCGCAACCGAUCAACUGCGCAUGAUCGCAGGACUGUUCCUGUGUAGUGUGACGUUGUUCUUCGGAUAUGGCAACUAUCAGAACCAGCUGCAACAAAUGAGCGAUUCGCACAUAAUGAUACACGGUCUGCUCGGGACGAUGAUUGUCCUUGUUUGUUCCCUGAUCACCAACAUCAUCGCAAAUUACGUUAACGGAAAGAGAAUUUUCCGCUGUAGUGUCAUUUUGAACAAGUUCGAUCAACAGCUCAAAGCAAACUUCGGACACCGAUGGGAUUAUCAGCAAGAGCAUCGCAUUGGGGUCGCACUGAUCGUGUUCGGUUACCUCGAAUGGAUUGUGUUAGCAGUAUCGUUAAUAUAUGGUAGAAGGAUUAGGCGUAACUUGGAAUGGUUAAUCGCGAUUAUGAGCUACAUUUGUUACGUGUGGACGAUGCUGUCUUAUCAGAGUGGUGGAGUAUUCUUCACAACGUUUCUGAUGUCGACAGGCCCCGUGCAAGAUUCACUGGUAGCCCGAGACUCGGAAACAAGUUGUCGCAUAGUCCGAAAAUUUGCCCUUCUUCAUGAUCAGCUAUGUGACACCGUGGAGUUGAUCAACCGUUGUUUCACCGUACACGCGACCGUGGCCUUGGCAACUGCUUUCGGUUUCACCGUGUUCUCGCUAUUCGGACUAAUUCACUCGUAUGCGACCCAAGCGAACAAGGAAACAAUCGUCUUGGCCUGGUCCAAUAUGGCGUACGAUGGAUUCUAUUUGACCUUCAUUGUUCAGCUGGUAGUACUCUCCGGGUUAACCCAUAGUGAGUGUACUCGCACCUCAGUUUUGAUCCAUAAAAUCGUCAGUUAUAGAUCAUGCGAUCGGAAGACUUUAAAGGAAUUGCGAAUGUUCUCUCAACAACUGUGGCAUCAUGCUCCAAAAGUAUCGUGCAGUUUAUUCGAUUUCGAUUGGCCCCUCUUCUACACGAUUGUUGCUUCACUCACCACGUACCUUGUCAUAUUGGUUCAAUUUGAUUUGGUGAAUUUCAACUACGCGUAA